AGCCGAGCGGAGGGAAGCGGGCUGUCUGUCUGCCGGCUUGGUCUCGCUCGCUAGCCGGCCCCAGGGUUGGAGCGGUCGGUGUGGCCCGCCUGCUGCCGCCUCCUGCCCCGCUGCCUGUGGUGGGUGGUCGAUGCCGCUGGCGGCCGCUGCGCCGGUCCGGGGGGGGCGAUGCUGCCGAGGCGCAGCUCGCUGACGGGGCUGGCGGUGGGCUUGUUCGCCGUCUACGUGGCGCACACCUGCUGGGUGAUGUACGGCAUCGUCCAUACCCGGCCUUGCCUCGCCGCCGCUGCCGCCGCCCGCGGGGCCGAAGGGAACGACGGCUGCAUCCGGCCUUACCUGGCGCGACGGCCCAAGCUCCAGCUGAGUGUUUACACAACCACACGAUCCAACAUAGGAACUGAAAAUAAUAUAGAUCUAGUUCUGAAUGUGGAGAAUUUUGAUGUCAAUUCCAAAUUUGAAAGGACAGUUAAUGUAUCUGUACCAAAGAAAACACGAAAUAAUGGGACAUUAUAUGCCUACAUAUUUCUUCAUCAUGCUGGAAUUCUGCCUUGGCGUGAUGGCAAAGAGGUGCAUAUGGUAAGCCCUCUGACUACCUAUAUGGUACCAAAACCAGAAGAAAUUAAUCUUCUCACAGGAGAAUCUGUCACCCAGCAAAUUGAAGCAGAAAAGAAGCAGACCUAUGCCCUAGAUGAGCCUGUCUCUCAUUGGAGGUCCAGGCUAACCUUAAAUGUUAUGGUGGAAGAUUUUGUCUUUGAUGGAUCUUCUCUCCCAGCUGAUGUGCACAGAUACAUGAAAAUGAUUCAGUUAGGCAAGACAGUGCAUUAUCUUCCAAUAUUAUUUAUUGAUCAACUGAGCAACAGAGUGAAAGAUUUAAUGAUUAUAAACCGUUCUACAACAGAACUGCCACUUACGGUGUCCUAUGAUAAAAUAUCCCUGGGAAAACUUAGAUUUUGGAUCCACAUGCAAGAUGCUGUUUACUCCCUGCAGCAGUUUGGUUUUUCAGAAAAAGAUGCUGAUGAAGUAAAGGGCAUUUUUGUGGAUACAAACCUCUAUUUUCUUGCUUUGACCUUCUUUGUUGCAGCAUUCCAUCUUCUCUUUGAUUUCCUUGCAUUCAAAAAUGACAUCAGCUUCUGGAAAAAAAAGAAGAGCAUGAUUGGCAUGUCUACAAAAGCAGUUCUUUGGCGAUGCUUCAGUACUGUGAUCAUAUUUCUUUUCCUCUUUGAUGAGCAAACAAGCUUGUUGGUGCUGAUUCCUGCUGGUGUUGGGGCAGUAAUUGAGCUCUGGAAAGUGAAGAAAGCAUUGAAAAUGACAAUUGAAUGGAAUGGUCUGAAACCAGUAAUGAAGUUUGGUGCAUUCACUGAAUCUGAAAAGAAAACGGAGGAGUAUGAUACCCAGGCCAUGAAGUACUUGUCAUAUUUACUAUAUCCAUUGUGUAUUGGAGGUGCAAUUUACUCACUACUGAAUAACAAAUACAAAAGUUGGUAUUCGUGGUUAAUCAACAGUUUUGUCAAUGGUGUAUAUGCUUUUGGAUUUCUAUUUAUGUUGCCGCAAUUAUUUGUAAAUUAUAAGAUGAAAUCUGUUGCACAUUUGCCAUGGAAGGCAUUCACUUAUAAAGCAUUCAACACUUUCAUUGAUGAUAUAUUUGCAUUUAUCAUCACAAUGCCAACAUCUCAUCGGCUGGCAUGUUUUAGAGAUGAUGUCGUGUUUCUGGUUUACCUUUACCAAAGAUGGCUUUAUCCUGUGGAUAAGAGCAGAGUGAAUGAAUAUGGAGAAUCCUAUGAAGAGAAGCCAAAAAGAAAGCCCCACAAAGAAUAAUUUAAGAUAACUCUAAGAGCCUCUUUGGACUGAUACUGACUGCAAAUGUUGUAUGACUUUUAAAAGAGAUGAAGCAAAAGAGUAUUCUUCAAGGCUUGUGACAGAACUUAAUGGACAAUAUAUCAUCUACAUUGCCAAAACAUGUUUUCAUUGCCUGUGGAUCUAACUAUCUUCUUUUUUUUUCAUUUGUGUAUUCAGGGGUGUCAAGAAGCCUGCCAAUACUUCUGCCAGGUUUCCCACAAAAACUUAUCAUUUUGAAUUUCUGUGAGCAUUUCUGCAUAAAUAUCUGUGUCUGUUCUAUUUAUAGUCUUAAACCAUCCCACUGACUGACGGUGUAGUACAUACAGUAUGUUUUAAGCCACCACUUAGACUGUGAGGAGGGAAAUAUUGUCAAUAAUUAUGAAAAGGUGAUAAAAUGAUGAAUUCAGCCCUUGAAUUUCAAAAUUUUUGUACUCUGUUGGUACAGUGAUCCAGCCAAACCCUUUUAUGUUACAGUGAGAGAGAGUAUGCCACAUGCGCUUAGCUCUAGUUUGGAAUUCAGCUGGGUUGAAAAAUGGGGUUUUGGCUGGAUUGUGUGCCCAAUUUUGUAUCUCCUUCCCUACUAUGAGCAACUUUUUAAAAAAGACAAAAAAACUCUGGUAACUGAUGAACUAGUUACUAGAAAUUUUACCAUCAUACAAAGGCAUGCACUCUAUACUGUAUCUGAUAACAAUUCUAAUCUAGCACUGGACAUGUAAAACUUGUAACUUUUUAAAAAUGCAUUUUUAAAUUGCAAAAUCUUAUUAACAGAAGUCUAACUGAGCAUGUGCAGUGAAUAGCAACCGGUAGGGGUAUUUUUUUUAAAACAAGGCCAAAAUAUUUUUCUGUAGUCUUAGAAUUGGAAUUUUUUUGAUUCCUCCCAAACUGAACCCUUUUUCCUAAAGUGAGCCAUUACGUUGUAGUCAGACAUCUUUUUCAGAGGGUGUAAAUACAUAUUUGCAUGACACUAUUGUGCCAAUUAUACAUCGGCAGGGAAAAUGAAGACUUUUUCUUACAUUGACAUAAACAAUGUCUAGAAUAAGUGGUUUUGAUGCAACUAGUAAACAGAAUGGAGGCAUCAAGAGAAAUUUAUAGGAAGAAAUUGUAUUCAAAAUUGCUAGAAAAACUAUCCAAAUGCCUUUUGUGUUUGGAUAUGGGGCUGUAUGUAGCCUUUUGCAACUAUCCUUUUUAUGUCUGUAUUCAUCAAAUAAUGGCACUGCUUCUCCUGAAAUAUAAUUUCAGCAUGCUCAAAAUGCAAGUGGGGAAAAAUUCACUUCUGUUCAGGCAUGAAACUGAAAAGAGGUGCAAUCCUGCAAAUCCUAUUUUGAAGCUAAUCCCCAUUGCAUUCCGUGGGAUUCUUACUCCUGGACAAUAAUAUACAAAGUUGCAGAGUUUUAGACCCAGAUGCCUAACAUUUUGAGCACUGCAGUACAAACAAGGACCUCCUAUGCAUGAAAAGGUAUGGGAGCUCUGUGCCACUGGACCACUUGCCCGCCCCACCUGUAAAGGAAUCACUGGAUUUGGGGUGUAGAGCUUAUCAUGCCAUGUCCCCUUGUGAAUGUUUGAUAGUGACCUUUGUUGCCAAAAGGUUUUGCAUUUAAUCUGAGUACCGAUGCGUAUUUUCUUCACUUCCAACAAGCCCAAGUUCACUGGUAUUUGAUUUUUCACAGACGAUAGCAAGUUGCUUGUUGUGAGUUAUUAGUGUGGGAACUUGAUAAUGGGUUGGAAUCAGACUAAGACUGUCAUGCUCUCGCCCCACUCAAAGUAAUAGUACAGAAUUAACUUACAAAUUUCAAUGGGACCAAAAAUGAUAUAUCCAACUCUCUGCCCAAUAAUCUUAAUAAAUAAUAUUGCCCCCCAAAACACUUCAUUUCUUCUGUCAGCUUUACUUUUAUUUAUUUCUGUAAAACAGAAUUUAAAUCUCUGAAAUGUGUCCAGGGUUAAACUGGUCCAAGCAAGACCAAUUAUUUUUAAGUCUGAACUAUUAAAAAUAUUGCCUUGGCAGUAAUAGUCACAUUCCAAGUUUUUUGGCUGGGUGGUGUUUAUAAAUACAGAGUAUCUGUGCUUAGCUGAAUAAUUUGCAGUGCAAAUAUUAUUUGAUUUAAAUGAACAUGUUUUGUUCUAAAGUUUGAAUGGAGUGACAUCGAAUUGUCCUGUCAAAGCAGAGAGACCUGGUUAGCCUCUCGUCCAGUCAGUGCUUUGUUUCCUUCACUCUAUGUACAAAUAAAUGUUUAUGGAUAUA